UGUAUUGUAGCAUUUGUCGACAAAGAAAAAAAAAAACAAAUUAUCGAACAAACUUCGUCAUACCUUGAACACUGAGCUCGGGUGGCCUUACUCAGCUCCAAGCGUCAAAGCACAGGAAAAUGCUUCACUAACGCUUAUGUGCUCAACUGCUGAUACACAGCUUGGAUGUUACUAAUCUUCUCCAUGCACCAAGAUAAUAUUGAUCAAGUGCAAGCAUUUAGUAUAUUGUUUUACUCUUUUAACACUGAACUAUCAACGUAAGUCAACAGCAACUUACAGUAAGAUAGAAAGGAUCAAUUCCACAUUAGCGAAAGUUACAGAAUACAUAAAUUCACUCAUAUAUUUUAUAUGUUAAAUUAUUUUUUUCUUUAUUUUUAAUAUGCGAUUUUAACACCUAAUAUACUAUUUGAUGGCUCUUGGUCCAUCUCGAACUAUUUCUAAUCAACAUUUGCUCUCAUAUUUCUGUAGGUUAGGGUGCAGGGAUUUUUAUGGUCUCUUCGUUACAGCAUAUUUCUAUAUAUUUACAUGAGAGUUUUUAAAAUAUUAUUAUCUUAUUAUUUUAUCGAUUUGUGUCAUUUUACACCGGUCCAAGCUGGGACCGACGAAAUUUACUAAUUUAUAAAGAUUAUUAAUUUAUCGAAUAUUAAUUUAUAGAUGUGGUUUCUAAUAUACAUGGAGUUGUAAUGCUUCCACAUAUGUAAGAUUAACAUUACAACCUAUUUCGAAAGGUUUCACAUUUUUCAAAAAGGUGAUUUGUAUAAUAGAAUUCAUUUUCGGUUUUUGUUUGGAAUGAAGAUGAGAAAACUUACAGUAGCUAUAAUUGUAUUUAUAGGAUUAGGUUGGUCGAUCUUAAAGUUUUUUUUUUUUUGCUAAAGUUUGGUAGUAGAUAUUAAAGUUAGUUAAUGAAAAAUAUAUUCUUUGGAAUAUACAAAAUUAGUUUUGGAAAUUCCUAAACUAUUGGUGUUAUUAAAUCUUUUUAAACCUAACUAUCUAUUGGAAAUUUCUACCUAUGAUGGUUGCUGCCAUCUCAGUUAAUUCUGUCAAAACAAAACUGUCUAAGAACAAAAUUAAUCUCACUCCUCACGUUUAUAACAGUAGUGGAAUUGAGAUAAUAAUCUACUCAUCAUAGAGAAUGAUAUGCACUAAAUAUUUUAACAAAAGCAAGAGAGAUUAUCUCUCUGAUCAAUACACUCAACCACCACAUCUUAUUUUUAUCCUAAUAUCAUUUCUAUGUUUCAUCAAACUUCAACCCUAAUUCGCCCCAAGAUGGGCUUUUGUUGACCUAGAAAACACCAAGUACCUUGAUACUCAAGCAACCAGAGUUUCUCUUUUUUUCUUCAGACAAAAAAAAAGAAACUGUCUGCAUUUCCCAUCUCUGACGCAUCCGCCACUCAGAGCUACCUCCUCCCUAUAGCUAAGAAAGAAACCAAUGUUAAAAUAUUUUUAUUUAGAAAAGAAUCGUGGAACUUUUUUUUCUCAAACUUAAUAAAUUUAAUAGAAAGAGUAUAUAUUUUUAUUGCUUCUAGUUUCUAGUCACAUAGAUUGUUGAUAUAGGAAAACGCUUUUACAUACAUCGAUUGAAAUAGUUGGUGUUAAUUAUGUAUUGUUUUAGUUUACCUUUUUUGAAUUUCAGAAUAUUCUUUAAUGGCAUUCCAUUGUAAUUAUCUCCAUAAGUUAAGGACAAAAUUCUAUGAGCGAAUCCUGGCCAGUGGGGAAUUAACAUUUCGGCAUCGCCAGGGACAGAGGACCGAUACAUGGCAACACGUGACUAGUUUGGAUCACUUCUGUAGAGCCAGGAUACCUCUGUAUAAUUCAAAAAAAAAAAAUCCUAUGAAGGAUUUUUCUUUAAUAGUAUUGAUAGAUUACGUUUUUCUUCUUCUUAACCGAACCAAAUACGAUAACCAAAAUAAACCAGCUAAUAUUUACAAUCAAAUGUCUAGCCUACUUCUUUUUUUCACUGGAUGUUUAGCCUACUUUACUUACGAAAGCUCACUGCGGCGAUAGUCACCACGCCGAUGAUGACAUCUUCCAUUUUUUGGUUGUUACAAAUUUUGAGUGUUGUAGUUUUAGACUAAUGAUUAAUCAAUGAUUGCGUUUACAUAUAUAUUUAUAGAUUACAUUUUUCUUCUUCUUAACCGAACCAAAUACUAUAACCAAAAUAAACCAGCUAAUAUUUACAAUCAAAUGUUUUGCCUACUUCUUUUUUUCACUGGAUGUUUAGCCUACUUUAGUUACGAAAGCUCACGUGUUGACAUUAGAAAACACUUCACCUACCCAACGACGUUAUCUACUUUUGCAAAUUACGCAAAAUCUUUAUUUUACUUCGUUCAUUGAGUAGCCUAAACGAACCCGGACAGAACAUAUAUGACCUACAUAUUCUAAUUUUGUAUUGUAGCAUUUGUCGACAAAGAAAAAAAAAAACAAAUUAUCGAACAAACUUCGUCAUACCUUGAACACUGAGCUCGGGUGGCCUUACUCAGCUCCAAGCGUCAAAGCACAGGAAAAUGCUUCACUAACGCUUAUGUGCUCAACUGCUGAUACACAGCUUGGAUGUUACUAAUCUUCUCCAUGCACCAAGAUAAUAUUGAUCAAGUGCAAGCAUUUAGUAUAUUGUUUUACUCUUUUAACACUGAACUAUCAACGUAAGUCAACAGCAACUUACAGUAAGAUAGAAAGGAUCAAUUCCACAUUAGCGAAAGUUACAGAAUAAAUAAAUUCACUCAUAUAUUUUAUAUGUUAAAUUAUUAUUUUUUCUUUAUUUUUAAUAUGCGAUUUUAACACCUAAUAUACUUUUUGAUGGCUCUGGGUCCAUCUCGAACUAUUUCUAAUCAACUUUUGCUCUAAUAUUUCUGUAGGUCAGGGUGCGGGGAUUUUUAUGGCCUCUUCUUUAGUUGUUUAAAAAUCCGUAACACAUUUUAGUACUGCUUAUUCGUUGAGAUGAGCAGCAUAGAUGCAUAUGUAUACAAAUUGUGCAUGCACAUAUUGUGGGUGACAACGAGUAAGGUGAAUAAUUAACAAAACUUAAUAACAAGAUUCAUUAUAAUUUAUAAGUUUUAUUCUAUUUUACUUCACCAGAAAGGAAACGUUUGUUAUUAAAUCUUAUGCCGUCAGGUUUUUCAUCUAACCAGGUACCCUGAAGACAGAAGAUUUCCUGACAAGGAUUAAAAUAAUAAAAAAAUUCCUGACAAAACCACCAAAAAUACAAAACAAAAUUGUUUCAUUUCACAUUAUUGUUGUUAUUAUCCAGAACUGGCUUACAACCAACAAAUGUUCGUGUGUGGUGCGACCAAGGCUGUGCGCAUCUAUUAUAUUUAUGAAUCGAUUUCCACACGCAUUAUUCCUUGCAUUAAUCUCGAUCGUGAGGAACCAUUGAUAGAGUAAAAUACUUAUAUUUACCAAUCUAUAGUUUCAUAAUAUUUAUUGUCAAAGAUAAAUAUCUAGGCAAGGUCCUGGAUGCGACAGUCCUAGAGUCUAGAAGAAGAUCCAACAUUUAUUUCAUUAUGAUAAAUAUUUUAGAUAUUGAAAUACUCAUGUUAUACACUUAUGCUUAUGUUAAGUUUUAUUAUAUCUACUUCCGUUUUUAUAUCAACGUUUACAAUAAUAAUAAGUAUACAAUAAUUUUAUAAACAAGUAAAACAUGGACAUAAUUUUAAGGUUUUUGCUAAGAAAAAACACUUCCAAUGGUCAAGAAUUUAAAGUAGCUUGCGCUAAAUUGGAGUUUAAUUACGAGAGUAUACAGUUCUAGAAUAUUGAGGGUUGCAAAACUUAUUAAACGUUCAAAAACUCUACAAGUAAAAUCGGCCCUUCUAGGUUUGAAGGGGUGCGGAGAUUUGUCUAUCAUGGAUGUGUUUUUUUUUUAACUUUUUUUUUGAGCAAAUUUUUUGAACUUUAUUAUCAUAAAUGUGUUGCAGUGCCAGUCACAACCACCAUUCAUUGUAGAUCAAUGUUAGAAAAACGUGCACCGUAAAGUUGUUGUUCAUAGAGAAAAAAAAGGUCACCAUAAUUUUGAUAGGAAUUUUCAAGUUACUAUUAUUUGUGUCUAUCUUUAUUAAACGAAUAUUUUCAAAAAUAUUUUUUUCAUUAAAAAGUCAAAAGACUUUUAUACAUUUGUUAUAUAUAUAUAUAAAAUAAUAAUUUAAAUAAAUAAAUAAUUUUUAAUAGUUUUUGAAUUUAUACCUUUUCAAAUUCAAACAUAAAAAAAAAAUCUUUUUGAAAUUUUUAUUUUAAAAUUUUAUUUUCGAAAUUCAAAAAUUCUUUUUGAUUUUUUUUUAAUUAAGUAUUUAUUUAUAUAUUUAUUAUAAUCUUAAACUCACUUUUCAAAAUCCUAUUUCAUCAUUCAACUCUAAAUUCCAAUAUUAGAUUAAUUAACUCUAAUGUUAUAAGAAUCUAUUUACCUCAUUAAAAAUAAAGAUAAAAUGGUUAAAGUAAACAUGAAAAUUAGUAUUAAAAAUGUGGAUUUAGACAAUUUUUCAAUUAAAAAAUUUGUAUCGUGCGACUGGUUGCAUGUCGCGCAACACGUGAACGAACAUGAUUUUAGUCGCAUGUCGCAGGUUUAGUCAAAGAUCAUAGGUCGCAAGUUGCACGACACGUAAAUGAACAUGGUCACACUAAAACUUCAUAAUAUUAUUUUUUGGCAUUCAAGGAAUUUUUUUUUUACCAUAAGCUUUUAAUUAUAUGCAUAAUUGAUGUAGUUAUCGAAGAACUUCGGAGAGCCUAACUGGUUCAAAUACAGCGGUUGCGGUUUCGGAUGCAGGAGUUUGCGGAUGCGGGUGGUUGCGAUUUCUAGCAGUUUUAUGAGAAUUGUAUGACUGGUUCUGCGAUUAGAAAUUAGUGCUUUUACGGGAUACUUAUGAUUGGUUAACUACCAAAUACAAUUGCGGUUAAAUAAUAAGUUAACAAUAUUUACAUUUUAUAUAAUUAUAAAAAAUAUCAAAAAUCAUAAUAUUAUAAUAAAUUCGAAAAUUAUAUUUAGAAAGUUAUAGUUUAAAACUGAAAAACUUUUCUCUUUUUUUUUAUAUAGAUUUAAUUCUUCGUACUAAAGAGUAAAGGCAGAUGAUACUUUUGUGUAUGGUCAUUAAUGAGCCACAUAUACACAAAAUACUGUGGAGGAAACAUUGUCUGUCUAUUUAAUUCAGAAUCUGAAAAUCCUGUUGGAUUUUUUUUUUGUUGGAUUAUUUAAAUCAUAACUACUUCACAUAAGAGAAUUUCUCGUAUCGUGUCAUUUUCGUCCAUAUGACCUAGGACCGUCUAAUACCAUCCAUAUCAUAAGUGGAACGGUCGAGCACUGCCUAAAUCUAAAAGAAAACAAAUUGAUUUUUUCAAAAAGAUUGACUUUAAGAAAAUAAAUAAAUAAUAUAUAUAUAUAUAUAUAUAAUAUGAAAUGUGGUCUACAAUUUUAGAUAUACAACUCAUUUAAAUUUUAUAGUUGAAAAACGUUAAAGAUUACAAAGUGAUUUUUCGCUAUCAAGAUUUCACGUUAAAAGUUAGAUUGGUUAAAGUCAAUAAUAUUUUUAAUAAAAUUAUAUAUAUAAUUUAUUAUAUACUUAAAACAAAUUUUGUGGUAGUAUCACAUAAACAAUUAGAAAAAUCAUUUCACAAAUAAUAUUUAGGGGGUUUUGAUAUUUUUGCCAUUUUUGUAUAAUGAUUUGACAGUGACUGCAAAAUCUAAAUACUUAAUCAGUUUUAUUUUGUGUUUAUUAUUGCCUUCAAAUCUAGUCCAGUUUGGUUUUUUGGAUCCACAUGUUUUAUCCAGACGUACUUUCUUCUACUAAUAUAAAGUAAAAUAAACAUAAAUAUAAAACAAAAUUUUCGGUUUAUUUAACAUACAUAAUUAUUGGACUAUACUUUAAAAAUACCAAUAAAAAUGGUUGAGAAUCGUGUCAAUAUUUUUGAGCAUGUUGCAAAAUUGACGUAGCCGCCAAUAAUAUGUUUUCUUAUAAAACAUUCUUGGUAAAUAAAAAACAUGAUACAAUCGAGUGAAAAAUUUUAAAGUUGCAUGGAAAAUAAUGUGAUUUAUUCACUCAGCACCUAAAUUUUGUUUUCAAUCGAUUUCGGGAAUUUUAUUUUCUUUUAAAAUUUUUCUAAUUUCUGAUUUUUUUCUUACAAUCUGAUUAUGUUUCUAAUUUUUGGUCUGAUAUAAAAAAAUUGUAAAGAAAAACAAUAUUUGGCUUAACUAAAGAUCUAACUUUGUGUGUGGUAUUUUUUACCUCAAUUUCCUUAAUUCAUAACCCAUCACAAUUAUUUAUUGCAUUCGUGUACAUAAGCCUCAAAUAUGGCUAAGUUCGGCAAUAUACAAAACUUUCAGUUUUAAAAAACAUUCUCCUUCUAGCAUUUUCGUUGAUGUGAAUCUUAAUCAUUUUAGAAUUUUUUUUUCAAAAUGAUAUUAUUCAGUAGUUGUACGGAGAGAACUUCAGAUCACUGAUACAAAGGUUAAAAAUACAAAAACUAAAAAUGAGCUGAUUAGAAAAAAUGAUGUGAACACAUUAAAUUGUCUCCGAUAUAGUUAAAAAAAAUAGUAUGUUAACGCAUUAAUUGUUAAAUAAUUGUGAGGCCGACACGUCAUCAUACUCAAAUUGAAAUCAAUGUGAGGCUGCCACGUGUCCAAUAUAGUGUAAAAGCAUUAAAUGACAAUGUUUCUCUUUUAAUAUUUAGGGGCAGAGACGGAUCCAGCCACUCAUUUAGUAUGAGACAUGCAAUGUAAAAAAUGCUUAAAUGAAAGGUAUCUACAUAAAUUUUAAAUUUUAUGUGAACUAUUAAAGGAAAACAAAUAUUUUGUGUGGGCACAUGCCACACCCAACGUCUUCUUGCGUUCGCCCCAGUAUAUAGGAUAUUUUCACAUUUCAAAACGUUUCGUUUCUUCGUAUCCGUUUUCGGUUCCAUAUGUAACGUAGAAGCACAACCAAUAAUUAAUACUUAAUCAAAACAGAUAUUUGUAAAUCAAGGACAUGUUUUACAUGCUUUCAUAACAUUGAUCCACAAUAAAUGACUUUAUCUUCAACACACUGGCCAUGAUAGGCAACUCUCCACAUCACUUAAUAAAAGAAGGAUAUGUUUUACCUGUAGAGUUAUAAAACAUCCAACAACAAAGACCAAAACAAAUUACCCUAUGACCUUAGUUGGUUAUUUUGGGUCAAGUUUCUAAGUUUUUUUUUUAUAACUUUUUAUAGCACCAUAUUAUUAUUAUUUGCUUCUCAUUAGACUCUUUUAUCUCUUUUUUGGUAAAAUGACUAUUGUAUCAGUAUAUCUAUAUAUAUGCAUGUCGAUCGUUCGUAUUAGUAACACACAUAAAAUACAGAGCACUCCCAGUUUAAAAAAAAAAAUAUGAACAUGAAUGUGACUGAUCCAUAUUGUUUCACACUUGCUGCUCUAUUUUCUCUUACGUUGGUCUUGUCUCUAGCUAUACCUUACUUGAGAAAACCAAAAGGUGAUCAGCUUCCUCCAGGCCCAACGCGGUGGCCGUUCAUUGGCAACUUGUUGCAAAUGGUCAAGAACCGGCCAACUCACCUGUGGAUCCACCGCGUCAUGAAAGACAUGCAAACGGAGAUAGCUUGCUUCCGCUUCGCGGGCGUCCACGUCAUCACCGUAACAUCAAGCGAGAUUGCCCGAGAAGUGCUUAGGGAAAAAGACGAGGCUCUCGCAGACAGAGCUGACUCCUACUCGAGCAAUCUCAUAAGCCAUGGCUACAAGGACAUUAUUUUCUCUCCGUAUGGAGAGAGUUGGAAGCUGAUGAAGAAAGUGAUGGUCACCAAACUAAUGUCUCCGUCAACGUUAAACAAAAUUGAUAGAACUCUAGAAGCCGAUAAUAUCGUGACGUAUAUCUUUAAUCUAUGCCGAUUACAGUCAACGAUUAAGUUGGUCAACGUGAGGGACGUCGCCUUAACUUAUUCCCAUGCGGUGAUGAUGAGGAUGAUGUUUGGCCAGAGGCAUUUUGAAGAACCGGCGGAGGACGGCGGUCUCGGGCGAAAAGAAAGAGAGCACAUGGACGCAAUAUACCAAGCUAUUGAUUGUUUUUUCAGCUCUAACAUAUCAAAUUAUUUAUCUUUCCUUAGAGGAUGGAACAUCGAUGGAGAAGAGGCGAAGCUAAGAGAAGCGGUCGAUAUUAUCAACAGGUGCAACGAUCCCAUCAUCCACGAGAGAAUGCAUUUGUGGAGGAAUAAAAGUGGAAAAGAGACAGAAGAAGAUUGGCUCGAUACUCUUAUCACGCUUAAGGAUGACCAAGGGAUGCCUUUAUUCACACUUGAUGAGAUUAGGGCUCAAUGCAAGAACAUCAAUGUUGCAACAAUCGACAAUACGAUGAAUAACGUGGAGUGGACGAUAGCCGAGAUGUUGAAUCAUCCAGAGAUUAUGGAGAAAGCUACAAAUGAGUUGGACAUGAUAGUUGGUAAAGACAGACUCGUGCAAGAAUCAGACAUACCACAACUCAACUACAUCAAAGCUUGUAGCCGAGAAUCUUUCCGACUUCACCCAGCUAAUGCGUUCAUGCCUCCUCAUGGAGCCAUAGAAAAUACUACUCUCGCUGGUUAUUUCAUCCCAAAAGGCAGCCAAAUCUUUGUGAGCCGUUUAGGACUUGGUCGGAACCCUAAGAUAUGGGACGAGCCUGAGGCAUUCAAGCCAGAAAGACAUCUUUAUGACCGUGCUAGAGACCCAAUGGGAGUGACUCUGAUGGAACCGGAUAUGAGGUUCGUGAUAUUUAGCACUGGCCGGCGUGCCUGCGCAGGAACUAAGAUUGGGGCAUCUAUGACCAUCAUGUUAUUAGCUAGGCUUCUCCAGGGGUUCGAGUGGACUCGUCCUCCAGGUACAAGCCAAAUAGAGCUAGUCUCAGCUGAGAGCAACUUGUUUAUGGCCAAGCCUCUAGUCGCAUCUGUCAAGCCCAGGUUGGCUCCUCAUUUAUAUCCGAAAAUGCAGAUCUGAAAUGUCGAGAGACUAAAUCAUCAAGAUGUUGAUGUGCAAGUUAAGUCAAAUAAGGUUUAAAUUUCCAACCAAGUUCUCUCAGAGUUUUGGUGAAAACCCUGAUUACUAUGCAUCCCAGUUAUUUUAAAGUUAUUUUUUAUAAUUAAUAUGUUUUGUGUGAUUUUAUAUAUAUAAAAUAAAUAUCUCAGUUUCGUUAAGAGCUUGACCAUGAUAAAUCCUGUAUAAUAUGUUGGUUUAAUUUCUUAUUAGCUUUGUUCAUAUAUAUGUCGGUUUAGUACUUAUUAGCUUUGUUUAUGUUUCACGUGUACUUAAACUCUAUAUUGUAUACAUUAUACACAUAAUGAAUAACUAGAUUUUAACCCGUGAUUUGCAAUUACGGAAUUAUUUUUUUUUGUUUUACAAAACUAUAAUUUACCAAAAAUCUAAUUUUGUACAUAUUUUGUUUGGUUUUAAUAUUGUACUAGGUGUUUUGCCCUUACAUGUGGGCAUAAUAUGUUAUAAUAACUUAUUAAUAUAUGCAUUAUAAUUUAAAGACUAUUAUGACAAGUUUAAAUUGAACAUCAAAUUACUUCUAUAUGAGAAAGUUUUUGUUAAUUUUUUUUAUUCAUGCAUUUUUUGAAAAAUCUCUUUAUACACUACAUUCAUUAAUAACUAAUAAAUAUAAUAAAUAAAUCUUUAAGAUAACUGAAUAUUAUCUUUUAAUUAUAUAAUUUUAAAUUUGUACAUGAUUAAUAUUUGAGUAUGCAUCUUUCAGUUUUUUAAUUUUUUAUAACUUAAAAACAAGUUUUCAAAUAACAACACAAUAUAUAUAGAUAAAUCGUCCUUUAAUUUUAUAAAAUAAGUUUUCUUUGUAAUUUGUAAUUUUUAUUAUGUUAAUUUAUAAGUUGUUAUAUAAUCUGAGAAGUAAAUUUAACUAUUUAUUCAUAGUAACCAAUCAUAUAUGCUUGUGGAAAUCUCUUGCUGGCUACAUGAGAAUUGAAAUUAGUUGAUCUUUUGAUUCUUGAAUAAACUUAUUGGUGUAUGUCUCGUAGGAUAUCGUGAUAUUUAUUUCUAUUGAUUAGUUUUCUAUUAUAAAUAUUAUAAAAUAUAUAAUUAUAUAAUAAUAUGUAUAUAUAGUAUAGAUUAUCAAACUAAUGAUUUAGCUUAAAGUAAUAAAAAUAUGACAAAUAAUUAAAAAUAUUGAGAACAUGAAAAAUAAACAAAUUGCCUAAAAUCAUGGAAAAAAUGAUAAGUAAGCAAAUAAUGACUGGGCACAAGGCGAGUACUUGCUAUUUUGCGUGUACUUGCUACUUGACUUGCCUUGCACGAGUAAUAAAAUUCUUGACUUGUACUUGACUUGUUAAAACUAGUACUUGCUAUUUCGAGUACUUGAUCAAAAAUGAAUUACUUGCAAGUUACUUACUCCACUCUAUUACUUGCUAUUUACGAGUACUUUUAAACUAUUUACAAGUACUUGUGAACUAUUUCCGAAUUUUUCUGAGUAUUUAAGAAUUAUUUUACAAAAUAAUAUUUUAUUAGAAAUAGAUAUGAAAAUUUGUUUUAUUUAUUUUAUACUAAAAAUAACAUAUUAAUUACUUUAAACGGAAUAUUCAUUCAUAUAUACAGAAGAUAAAUAAAAAAAAAUAAAAAAUAUUUUGAUAUAUAAGCUUUUUAUAAUUUUUUACAAUGAAAAAAAUGUAUUUUCUAAGAAAGUAACAGAUAGUAACAAGCCAUAUAGCUAAAUUUUUAAUACUAGUUACUAUUUAAUACUUGACUAGAU